CUCAAGCAAGCCUCGCCUCGCGCAGGGACUCCACCGCGCGGCGGCCCGCGCGGGGCCAUGGUGGCCCGCCGCGUUGCGCGCGGCCGCGCCGCCGCGAAGGCGUCGCACGCUCGGCUGACGCCUUUCCAGCGCGGCAUGAUUUACAUGGGCAGCCUCGCCGGCAUGACCAUGACGGACAUCGCGGCCUCGGUGCAGAAGUGCGACGGCAGCUUCCCGUCCGUCAACGUCGUCAAGGACACCAUCGAGAAAGCCGAGGCCCACGGCGGGUCUGCGUGGGACGGCGCCUCGAGCGGGCGCCCGGGGCGGCCCCGGGAGACGCUCGGCACCCUCGACAGGGAGAUCUCCAAGCUGGUGCACAAAAUGCGCGGCAGCGCCGUCGUGACCGCCACUUACGUCCGCCAG